GCAACGCUCCAAAUGCCAAUCAGCGCUACCGGCGGUGGCGUUUGAACGCGGCGGUUGGAUAGUGGGGAGGGCGGGGACAGAGUGCGCGAGGGAAGAGCGAGGCGGCGGCGCGCGCGGGGCUCCGCCCAGCUCUGUAACGGACGGCUUCUGAGAGGCUUGGCGCGCUCGUUCGGUGGUCGCUCUCGCGGGGUCUGCCGGGAAACUUGCCUGAGGGGAGGGGGAGCGGUGUCGUCAUGUCGCAUAAACAGAUCUAUUAUUCCGACAAGUACGACGACGAGGAGUUCGAGUACCGGCAUGUGAUGUUGCCGAAAGACAUUGCGAAGCUGGUUCCCAAGACCCACCUCAUGUCGGAGUCCGAAUGGAGGAACCUCGGCGUGCAGCAGAGCCAGGGCUGGGUUCACUACAUGAUCCACGAGCCAGAACCUCAUAUCCUGCUUUUCCGGAGGCCCUUGCCAAAGAAGCCAGAGAAAUGACUUGUGGGUAAAUGUUCCUCAGAAGUUUUAGAUACAAGCACCUUUUUUAAAGUUUGGCAAAUUUUAAAAUGUUUUUUAAAAUUUUGGCAAAUGUUUUCACUUCGUCUGUCGAAAGAACACCCCUGGACGAGACCCACGUUCAGCCUAGCUUUUCUCACUUCAGAACAACUGUCUAUCGAAAGGGACUGAAUUGGCUGAGUACACAGACUUCAUUACAGUUGGAAUGCAAAAUUUUUUACACUGCCUUCACAGCUAAAGGCUGCUGCUUUUUCACACCUGGGGGGUGCAGUUUGGUUUUUAAAUCCAGGAAUUUCUGAAGAGUGUUUCUCUGGUUGGAUUUCUUUUUAAUAUGUAUGUUCUAAGUCUUACAUUUCAGGUUCUCUUUUUGGAACUUUUAAUGUUAUUUGAGAUAUGACUGUUCUUAUGGCUCUUUUAAUAAAGCACCAACAUUUUACCUA